CUGAUGCCUCUUCUGCGCCUCCUGCUACUGCAACUCCUGCAUCUCCUCCUGCUGCUGCUGCAUCUCCUGCUGCUGCUGCAUCUCCUCCUGCCGCAUCUCCUGCAGCUGGCGCCGCCGCAACUACCAACCCACCAAAGGCCGUGGCCCCAUUUAUAACGGCUGCAAGCAGCGGGGAUUCAGCGGUGACCCCCAACGCCGCCACAGGCAAGACCCCGAAAGCCUCCGCGCCCGAUAAAACAUCUGGGACCGGAGCGCCCGCCGGGCCGCCUGGCAACGCGAUGACAACCGAGAUCACAAAGGUCUCGACAGGCGGCGUCACGACGGGGCAACGGUACGCGACUCUCAUUACCAUGACGAGACAGGACAGCGUUGGAGGCGCUGAGAAAACAACGAUGACGCUUGCAGGCCUGACCACAGAGCCAGCUGGGAACCCGGUGACCACCAGCGCCCCCUCCACCCUGACCAAGGCAGGAAUUACGACACCACGUUUGGUCACAAACGCUGGAACCAUGCCCCCGCAAACCCCAAGAACAACAACAACAAGAACCACGAUCACCAACAUCAGAACCACCAGCAGCACCACAGCAGCUCAGCUAAAGACGUUUUUGUACUCUCUAAACAAUGGGCAUGAGAAAGAGGAGGAGAAGGAUCUGGUGGAGGUGUGCCGGCGGCUGAUGGUCAAUUUGCAAGAUGGGAACUGCACCCUGACAUGGCAGCACCGCAACGGCAAAAUACACUUCGACUGUGUGGAGAUUAAUGGGAAAGUGAAAACCAACCUGGCGACCCAGUACUAUGAAGAAAUCACCAAGAAACCGACAGACCACAAAACCCUCAUUGCCAUCCUGGCCUCCUGCGGCGCUCUGCUGAUCAUGAUCAUCAUCCUCGCCGUUUGUGCCUCUCACCACCGCAGGCCGUACAACGAUAUCCAGCAGCACCUGACGGAGGAGCUGCACACGGUGGAGAACGGUUACCACGACAACCCGACGCUGGAUGUGAUGGAGGUGCAGCCGGAGAUGCAGGAGAAGAAGGUGGCACUGAACGGAGAGUUCAACGACAGCUGGAUCGUCCCCAUCGACAACCUGCUGAAGGAGGACAUAGCGGACGAGGAGGACACGCACCUGUAGAGACGCCUGGGGGGGAGGAGACACCGACAGAGCAAAUGCCAAAAUUCCAUGGCAGCCCUUAUCUUACCCUCCUGACCCUGGAGGUUGUUGACCCUGUAGCCAGAGAAGACUCUCAAAUACUUACUUCCUGUCCAACGCCAAGCCCCCACAUUGAUGCUGUCCGACUGCUCGGUGUACUUCUACUUUAGUUUGGAAGGGAAAACAGUAUGAAACCUUUUGCAGAUGAAGUACUGAUCAAAUAGUACAAGGUGGCCUUUAAAAGAAUCCACUAAGUCCUUCAUUUGGUAGAAAUAAGUGACAAGAUUCAACACGAUUCAUUCUGAAAACUCAAAGUGCUCCAAACCCUCAGAGAUAAACAAUUGUGCCUUCUCACACAAAGAAAACAGAGUUGAUUUGUACACAAGCGCCUGUAAAUAAAGCAUCUUAGUUAUUUUGACGGAGGCCAGAAGAUGGAAGAAGCUCGGAGGGGCAGUUCUAAAGUUACUAACUAGCUGUUCAUGAAGAAAGAGAAGAAGACACAUGGAGGCUUUUAAUCCACAUAUUGAGGCGAGUGGGUAGAUUUAGUUUUGCGCUUUCUCUCAAACGACACGUUUUCACAUGAUUACACACAAGGGGAAACAGUUCCAGCUUUCUGAAAGAAAUUGGAGAAGCGUAACCGUGGUAACUCGUCCAAAACUGAUGUAACUAGACGAUGAUUUGUGAGAAUCAGAAAAUCUGAAUUGUUUUUAUUUUUAUAUAUCACAUAUAUGAUUUGAUAUAUAUCUAUAUAUAUAUCUAUAUAGAUAUAUAUCACAUAUAUAUACAUAUAUGAUUUAUAUAUAGACAUCAUAUGUAUUUAUAUAUAUAUAUAUGUGAUAUAUAUAUAUAUCACAUAUAUAUGAUAUAUAUGUGAUAUAUAAAUCAUAUAUCACAUCUAGUUAUAGUUACACUUCAAUCAAAGCGUUCUUGACAUUACAGAGCUGUCUGACAUCGUCUUUUGAGAACACUGUUUUUACCCUGUUGCAUUGUGGGAUAUUUCUGCUGGCACCGUUCCCAGUGUUAUAUAAUAUUUCACCAAAAACAGUCUGCAAUUCACUUCCUGAUGGCUUCAGACAGUAAAAUGCCUCGCAUUAGCAUUCAGCUAGAGCGCUAGAUAGCGUACGGCUAGCGCACUAGUUAGCACACACACAAAAAAUUGUGUGAAAGUCUUUUGUCCUCUGGCUAUUCAUACAUGUAGGAUAUCACAACAAAUCAUGUUGUUUGUGAGCUUUAUCUUCUUUCAUUUAAAAUAAAAUCACAUUAAUAGUCAACAUAACACCCUUAUAUCUUGGUUAUUAUAUACCAGGCCUUUUUUGGGGGUAGUUUUUCAGAAAUAUUUCAAUUGGUUCAAAAGAAUAUUCAUCAAGCAACAAAACAGAACCGUCAGCUGUUUCAUAAGUAAGAGGAAAAUGACCUUCACAGAUAUGCAUGUUGUCGCAUGUUUGUGGUCACGUUCAAUGACAUUUCAUUCCUCCGUUGAGACCAAAUCGUCAAGCAAAACAAUAUUAUCUCAAGUUGCAAAAUUAAUUUUAGAAAAUCAAUACCUAUAAACAUUUCCCAGCCAGUGCCAGAAGGUAUCACUUCUACGAUGGAGAAAUCCCCCAAACAUUCAGUCAGCCAAGUGACGACCAAUACCAUUAAAGAACCAGGACAUGUACGCCAUCUUUAACGGCAAAGAAUUAUCACUUAAUAAGUCCACUAUCAGUCAAAACAUGGCUAAUAGGAAUAAUACUAGACUGAUAAUGGUUUAUGAAUUAAAGAUACCUCUGAAGCCAACACUGUAAAUAUGUGUUUUCUUCCCACACCGUUGUUGCUGCUGGAGGGGGCGGAGUCUGAUAACAUAUUUAAAUCGUCUGGCUUGAUAUUAAAACCCUGACAGCAGAACCUGGGCACAUUUUCAUUUUGAAUAAUAUCCUUCCCUUUAAACCCAUUAAGAAGUUAAUAUAUAUGUACUUAUACACAAGUGAAUACAUCACCUUGGGCACUCCAAUCAUACUUUUGAUUGAAUUUUGUUGUUUUGUUUGUGUGUCUCAUUUUCACUUUUAUUAUUAUUAUAGCUGUGAUGUUUUCACCAAAGUACGUUACCAGUAUUUUCUAUGUAUUUAUGAAUCGUUUGCUGCUGAAGGCAAACAACAGGUGUCUGACACACUGGAAGCUGUAAAUUGUUGAUCGCCUCGGCGGUCGUGUUGUUCUACCCGUUCAGAUAUGAAAAUAAAAGUUGUUUUUUUUCCA